AUUUCCUUUCAUUUGGAGCUUUCUUCGAAUUGAUUAUGAGUCGACUUUUCUUUUUUUGGUUUGACUGCUGAAGUUUCUGCCACUAUAUAAGACAAGAACAUCAGGUUUUUUAACCAGAGGAUAAAGCAGAGCAUCAAAACCUCCCUCCCUCGAGACAGUCUCUUUUGAAGAAUUAAUCAAGUUAAUUACCAUUUCAAAUAAAAAUUUGAAAGCAUGAAUGAGCUUUCGAAUAUCAUAAGAAGUGCUGCAAAGUUUUGGGUUCUACUCUGUCUCAUUUCUUGUGUUAGCAUACCGGUUUCAGAAGCUAGAAUUCGUCGCUACAAAUGGGAGGUGAAGUAUGAGUACAAGUCUCCUGAUUGCUGUAAGAAGUUGGUUAUAACAAUUAACGGCGGAAGCCCAGGACCCACAAUCUUAGCUCAGCAAAAUGAUACUAUUAUUGUCGAAGUUAAGAAUAAUUUGUUAACUGAAAAUCUUGCAAUCCAUUGGCAUGGAAUUAGACAGAUUGGAACUCCUUGGUUUGAUGGAACAGAAGGUGUUACUCAAUGCCCAAUUGUGCCUGGAGAUACUUUCAAAUAUCAGUUUGUUGUUGACAGGCCUGGAACAUACUUGUACCAUGCUCACUAUGGGAUGCAAAGAGAAGCAGGGUUAUAUGGAUCAAUCCGUGUAUCACUGCCCAACGGACAAUCUGAGCCUUUUGCGUACCAUUAUGAUCGGAGUAUCAUCCUUAAUGACUGGUAUCACAAAAAUACUUACGAACAAGCCACAGGGUUGGCUUCUGUUCCCUUUGGUUGGGUUGGGGAGCCUCAGUCACUUCUGAUACAAGGAAAAGGAAGAUUCAACUGCUCUACCCCAGGCACUAAAGCUGAUCUCUGUAAUGCUACCAAUCCUGAAUGCUUUCCCUAUGUUAUGACAGUGGUUCCUGGAAAGACAUACCGACUCAGGGUUUCUAGCUUGACUGCCUUAUCAGCCCUUAGUUUCCAAAUUGAGGGACAUAAUAUGACUGUUGUUGAAGCAGAUGGACACUAUGUUCAACCAUUUGUAGUAAAGAACUUAUUCAUCUACUCUGGGGAGACAUACUCAGUUUUAAUAACAACUGACAAAGACCCAUCAAGAAAUUACUGGAUGACUACAGAUGUCGUUAGCAGAGACCCCUCAACUCCACACGGUCUAGCCAUCCUCAAUUACUAUCCAAAUCAUCAUCGAAGAUCACCAUCAACAACUCCGCCGUCAGGCCCUCUAUGGAACGAUAGUAAACCGCGGUUGGCUCAAAGUCUAGCCAUUAAGUCUCACCAGAAUUACAUCCACACACCUCCUCCAAUCUCACAUAGAACAAUAGUAAUGCUGAAUACUCAAAAUAGUGUCGACGAUCAUGUUAGAUGGUCAAUUAAUAAUGUCUCAUUUAACCUUCCCCACACUCCUUACCUUAUAGCAAUGAAGCACAAUUUGACCCAUGUGCAUAGCCAACUCCCACCUCCUACAGGCUAUGAUUUCAAGACUUAUAACAUAUAUAGUGUUCCAGAGAACAAGAAUGCUACCAUAAGUGAUGGAGUUUACCGCCUUCAGUUCAAUACGGCAAUAGAUAUUAUUCUGCAGAAUGCGAAAUCUAUGAAUAACAAGACCAGUGAGACACACCCAUGGCAUCUACAUGGGCAUGAUUUCUGGGUUCUUGGGUACGGAGAAGGAAAAUUUGACAUGUACAAUGACCCGUAUAAGUACAAUUUGGUGGAUCCGAUCAUGAAGAAUACAGUGCCAGUACAUCCUUGUGGUUGGACAGCUUUGAGAUUUCAGGCUGAUAAUCCAGGAGUGUGGUUAUUUCAUUGCCAUAUUGAGUCUCAUUUCUUCAUGGGUAUGGGAGUGGUGUUUGAGGAAGGGGUUGAAAGAGUUGGAAAUCUGCCAUCCUCCAUUAUGGGCUGUGGUGAAAGCAAAGGUACUUCUAGGCCUUAGUUUUAAGGAAAUUAUAUCAUUGUUUUGGCCAAUUUUGAUCAAAGUUGAAAAGGAAAAAUAAAAUGUACAACUUUUUUGUUUGUUUGGUAGGAUGUUUAUAUAUAAUUCUUUUGUACCAUAUUUGUUUACAUGAGUGAAAUAAUUGUAUUAUAGAGCACUAUUAUUUCUUCA